GGCUGUUCGGGUCAAGGGCGAAGCUGUCUGAGAUAGCCACCAUGCAAUUUGUUCGCGCGUCCGGCUCGUAUCCAGAUAUCUUGAUCCCACAAGUUCAUGCUUGGGAUGUUUCAUUUUCUAAUCCAGCUGGUGAACCUUAUGUUCUCAUGGACAUCGCCCACGGACGAAAGCUCGACAAUCUCACCCUCGAUAACAAUAACCUUCGUGGUCUGGAUGGUAUGUCAGAAGUGCAGCAACUAGCCGUCAUAAAAACUCUGGCAAAGCUACAAUCUACUUUGUCUGCACCCUUACUGUUCGACAAGAUUGGCAGCAUUACCCUCAACGACGAAAGAAUCCCUACCGUAUGACCACUCCUCACCGUCACACAGCGGAACCUUCAAGUUUGGGGACCAUAUCAAUCCGUCAUGGAUAUCUGGAGGACCCGACUGGAGCAUGAGAUCUAGAUCUUGCACGCUAUGAAGGAAUGGUCCAAGCUUGAGAAGGACCAACUUUCCUGAUCCCUCUCAGCACCCGGAUGCACCCCCAAAAAGUUUUCUGAACUCUUUCAACUUCUCUCCUCGCUCAUACCUCACUUCGUACCUCCAUUGUCUUACUUCCCUUAGUCUUAUGCCGUCCCGACCUCGCAUUCUGCAACAU